AUGGGCUCACGCGGUUUAGAAAAGUGGCUUUGGUUGGUGGGAGUUAUAGCAUGGGCUUGUGGCGCCAGCGCAAGAACUCUUUGUCCGCCACGAUGUGCGUGCGACGACGCGCUGCGAGCCGCCUCGUGCGCAAACGCGGGCCUGGAGAUAGUACCUAUCCAACUAAACCCAGAAGCCACUCACAUCAACCUCACUCACAAUGCUAUCGACAACCUGUUGUACACCUUCGCUUUUUAUACACAACUAACUAUCCUGGAUAUAUCUCACAACAAAGUGCAAGAUUUAGGUAGUAAAAAUUUUGACAACAACCUCGAAAUGACCCACUUGAAUGUUAGUCACAACGCCCUCAAACGUUUGGAUAAAGACACCUUUAUUGGUCUUAAAAGAUUAAUUGAUUUGGACUUAUCAAGUAAUGAAAUAUCAAAUAUUCAUCUUCAAACAUUUAAAGACCUCACUAUACUCGAAAGACUCGAUUUAUCAAACAACAAACUUGUAAAUUUUGAAGCUGAAACAUUUGAACCUCUUUCGUCGCUUAAAAUACUUUCACUCAAAAAUAAUUCUAUUUUAGAGAUACCAUCAUCAAACUUAUUUUAUGUCAUUCGCUUGGAAUAUUUGGAUCUUUCCGAAAAUUUAAUUCAACAAAUAGACAGGCAUGGGAUUCCGUUUUUGAAAGAAUUAAAGCAUUUAGAUUUUAACAAUAAUAUAAUUAAAAGUGUUGAUCAGCUGGGACUGCAUAAUUUACCAUCCUUGCGCCACUUAGAUCUCAGCGAUAACAAUUUGACUUCGAUCCCUACGUCGGCUCUUUCUAAACUAUCGAACUUGUCACAUCUAUACUUAAGCGGCAACUUUUUUCAUAACAUUUCAUCUUUGUCUUUUCAAAGUCUUUUCCACUUGAAACAUUUACAUUUAAGUAGACUGUAUGAGUUAGAUAAAGUUGACUCCAGGGCUUUUGUAGACAAUAUCAACUUACAAAAAAUAUGGAUGAAUGAGAAUUUGAAAGUGAGGGAGGUUCCACCGAGACUAUUUCACGGAAACCCUAAAUUAACGCAUGUUUAUAUGAGAAACAAUGCGUUGGAAACCCUCGAGGCAUCACAUUUUCCCAUUGAUACACUUCAAGAGCUAGAGAUUUCUGGUAAUCCCUUUGUGUGUAAUUGCUCUUUAUUGUGGCUUUGGAAACUCGGCAGAGAUUGCGAUAUACGUAACAAAAAGUCUUACAAUACAAGUGCCAUAUUACGAAUUGACUAUGAAGAUGUGAAAUGUGCGGCACCAGAUCGUUUGAGGGGUGUUGUAUUCGUACAAAUUCCGGAAUCAGAAUUUGGAUGUUCAAGUGGAUGGGUGGUAGUAGCGAUUGUGGUGUUAACUGUUAGUAUAAUUAUAAGUGUGGUGGGUGGAGUUUUGUACUUUAUGGGUCCCUUGAAAAGAUGUAAAGGAGAUAAAUCGAAGCAGGUCAUGAAUAGUGUAAUGUUGAAUGGCGACGUUUCUAAAUUAGGAAACGGCUUAGGAUACUCAACCCGCAGUAGGGAACAAGAGAACAAAAGAGACGUGGACAGGUAUCUUAUGAUCGGUUCAUCGGUAACUAACAAUUUUCACUCAUUAAAUCCUCCUUGGCACAGUGUAGAUAAAAACCCAUAUUAUCAAGAAGAUAACGAAGAACAUAUUUACCAACAGUUUGCGUAUGAAACGAUACCUCAUCACAGGACCCCAGAGAAACCACACAUAGUGUACGUUUAA